AUGUAUUACAAACGAGCGCGUAAGGCAUUCUCUGACGAGGACUGGAACGCCAUCAAAAGCCGCGCUACAGCAAUGGAAGACCCAGCAUUGCACCCGGUUGUGGAGCGAUACCUGAAUAACUUUGAUCUGUCUGGAUCAAGAAUGAAGUUGGACAAGCUGAAAGCCGCAACCUUUAUCGAUGGUAUGGAAGGGAUUGACCUUGGACCUCUAGGGCUUGCAAAUGAAGGCCAGAUCCGGUACGAACUGGAGUUAGUCAGAAAGCUGAUGCUAGAUUGGUGA